AUGCCCAGCCUGCUGCCGCCCAUCCUCGCCCUGCUCUGCUUCGGGGCGCCGGCGCCCGCCCUGACAGCGUCGCCUGCCGCCGCCGCGGGGCCAGCGCCGCCCUCCGCAGCGCGGCGGGCCGGGGCCGAGGCCGAGGCGGCGGCGGCGGCGGAGGAUCCGUGGUGCCCCUACAAGGUGGAGGCCGAGGGCGCGGCGGGCGGGCGGCUCUGCUUCCGCACGCCGGCCCGCGGCUUCCAGUGCGCGGCACGGGCCUGCCGCGCCCACCGCUCGCCGGGCGGCGCCCUAGUGGCCAACGUGCUGCGCAACGGCAGCGUGCUGCUGCAGUGGGGGCCGCCGCGUCCCGCCGCCGGCCUCCGCGGCUUCGCCCUCAACUGCUCCUGGGACGGCACCUACACGCGCUUCCCCUGCGACAGCGUGGAGCUGGGCGCCGCCUGCCGCGACUACCUGCUGCCCGAGGCGCACGGCAGCGUGCGCUACCGCCUCUGCCUGCAGCCGCGCUACGCGCCGCCGCGCCCCGCGCCGCCCGCCCAGUGCGUGGAGUUCCGCGUGGAGCCGGCCGCCAUGCGGGAUAUCGUCGUCGCCAUGACGGCCGUGGGGGGCUCCAUCUGCGUCAUGCUCGUCUUCAUCUGCCUCCUGGUGGCCUACAUCACCGAGAACCUCAUGAGCCCGGCCCUCGCCGGGGCCGCGGGCGCCGCCGCCCCCCGCCGCGCCUAGCCUUCAGCGCUUCCCGCCGCGGCCGAGGCCCGGGAGCGCCGCGGAGCCGGGCCGGGUCGCCA